UUCUGGCUAAGAACUGCAGUAAAGGGUGUCUUUUCCUAACUGUUUAGAUGGUCUUAUCCAGGUUCCUUAGAAAUCGCUUAUAAAUGGUCUUUUCUCAAGUCUUUUCCCUUCUUUCCUCCAACAUGUUAUAAUAUGGCUUGAGAGCAUUUGUUACGGCUCUUUGACUAGAAAAGCUGCGUUCCCAAUUAGGAUUAUUAUCCUAGACAAGAGAUUCAUAGGCAGUUUGUAUCUGUGUUAAAACUUCUAAUGAAGGUAGUUCUUAUCGAUCCAUUAUAUACUGACUUGUAUAACAUGAUGUAAUCAUUCCUUGAAUAAACAAGAGCGUUUCUACUCUAUACAUCUAGAUCCAGAUAACAUUGAAGAUGAGUAUCUGUCGUUCCUCACCCUUUUCUAGUCGUACUAAAUCUCUACGAGAACGAUUUGGUUCAAAGAGGAGUUACUCAGAAUCCUUCAAGGAUCCACCUACCACAACAGCCAGAAAGGACACCACUGGCGUUCGACCAUCGUGUCCUGUACCUUUACCAGAAUCGGGCAGGCAAGCAAGUACCGGAAGUAUAAGAAUCACGGAAAUUCCCCCUGAUCAUUUUAAUCCUUUUGCAGUAUUACCAGAAGAAACGUAUUGUAGCGCUUUAGAUAUUAACUGUCAACAAGGCGAUCCACGCUUUCCCUGGCAAAGAGAUGUUGCCGUUCAGUGCGAUUUAUCUCCAGCGGAUAGCGGAAUUACGAUUUCUACACGAAACGGAAGAAAAAAUUCCACAAAAAAAGAUUCGAUCUUAUCUCAAAUAACAUCGGACUUAACUUCUCGAUCCAUCGGUUCUUCGAUAUCGUCCCUUACAGGAUCACAAAGAUCGAUGAAGAUCGCAUCUACUAUAGACGAAACACUAGCGGCAAAUAAAAAAGUCCAGCCUAAGAAGAAAACUUCCAUGCUACAAAGAGCUAUGUCUCUAGAGCGUGGAAGAUCGAGGCAAAAGUUGGUACAUCAAGUAUCGGUUGAUGAAAGUAGAGUCGAUCAGAUGUACGUACCCCAUCACGUUCAAACGUUAAGUACAAAUCCGGAAGUGACCGUCGUGGCGGAAGACGAAGAAACUCCUAUAAUUACUAAAAAUGUCACUCCGCCGUCCGAUACUCCACCUCAUACUCCACCCGCAACUCUACCACUUACAAGAAAGCCUAGUGUCAGUGAUAGAAGAAAAAUGUGUUUUAUGAGGCAGCAAACUAAUUCGGCACCAGAUUCUUUCGAUGAGAAUAUGCCACAAGAUAAUCCGGAUAAAUCUACUGUGGGCUAUUUCAAUUUUGACAGCAUGCAACGUUUGCUGGAUUUAUCGAUAACCGCUGCAGCUUCUCAGACGGGAAAACUCGAUAACAGGACAUUUCUUCUCAGCAUACCAACACCUGCAGGUCUUGCCACUAGAGACGGCAAAGAAGGUCCAGCCUAUCUAAAUCUUCCGUCUCCCAAUCUACAAAACGAGGAACAAGAAAGUUCGAAUGUUUUUAAGAAAUUAUCUUCGUGUGAAGAUGAAGAGAGUGAACAAGAGGAAGUUGAAGAAGGUCCUCCAGUAUCUGCUUUGCAUAGAAGGAGAGCUUUGGUGCCUCCAAAGAUGUUAACAGAUGGCUAUGAAAGUGCAAAUGAAGAAUUAGAACAACCUUCCGAAAAUCUUGGUCCAAAUAACACAAGUGCUGACGCUCUCAACCGAUCGAGGCGCAGAAGUUCCAUUGUUGUGAUACCUCCAAUGCAGAUUUGCCCGGGUGAUUUAUUAGUUUAUAGUAAGGUUUUGACACACAGAAAUACUCUCUUAGAUUUAGACGGUUCUACUCAAUGCCUUGCUGUAUCAGAGGACUCUACUAGAAAAAAUAAAAAUACAUGGUCGCUUCUACGGUUGUUUGAUAGGUCAAAUAGAAGUAAAUCGGAAUCUCUAUGCGGAUUAGAAGAGGUCCUGAGCAGUCUUCAACCAUCCGAAUUUGUAGACGAACAAUUAUCCAAAUAUAAGGGUAUGCAGUGGUCCGACUUCGUAACUCUAUGUGAAGAGAAACGUCAGCAGAGAUUGGAUUCCGUGCAACUGCCAACCACGUCGAGUUGGUUGACGUUUACAGAUGAUUCUAGUGACAGGUCUCCAACGGAUUCUCAGAGACUGUCGAGAAGUUCCGUUUCCUCUUCUGUAAUAUCCGAACGCUCUCAGGAUUAUUCAACAUCCGACAGAAGCAACAGUCAAGAUCAGCAAACCAGUCAAACACUCGACGAAAUCGAAAACCAGAUAAAUAGUUGGUGGAGUCAUACAGUCACUAAACACGAAACUAAAAGAAAAGAAGCGCUCUGGGAUCUUUUUCAAAGCGAAUGCAUGUUUCUCUAUGAUCAUCUCAUGGUUUUAAAAAACGUGUUCAUGGAACCUUUGAAGAAAAUCCAAGUGGAAGGAUUUGCAAUGUUCGCUGAACCAGAAGUUCUCUUUGGUAACCUAGAUGAACUAUGUUGUGUGACUUAUGCCUUUUGUAAAGAAUUUCUUAGUCUCAUUUUACAAAGAAUGAACACGGGAGAAGUUGAUACUACAGAAGUUUUGGUAAAAUUAUUUCGAAAGAGUUCUAAAGCUACGGCUCUAACACAAGCCUAUCAUAGAUAUACACUCAACUAUAUUAAUGCUCUUAAUUACUUGGAAACGUUACGAAGACAAGUCGAAUUUAAUGAAUUUGAAAAGUGGUGUUCCAGAGAUUCUAGAUGCAAGAAACUCCAGCUUACAGAUUUACUAGUAUCUCCGGUACAACAUAUAAUGAGAGUUCCUCUUAUCCUCAAAGAAAUAGAAAUGAGAACAGAAAAUAGUGAUGAACAGAAAAUCAUUGCCAGUAUUCUCGAAGCUGAAGAACAUUCGCUAAGAGAACUAGAUGACAAAAUGAAGUGGCUAAAGAAUUUCGAACGGCUGCUUGAGAUACAAAGGAAUAUCGUAUGGCCUUCUGUCACCGAACUCGAUCCUAAAGCUUUUAUUCCCGAAUUUUUACGAGGUCCUCUUGCAAAACAACCUUGUGAACGUUUAAUUGUAAGCCCAAGAAGACAGAUAAUUUUAGAAGGAUGUCUUCAACUUCUUGAUAGUGGAAAACCGAUUGAAAUGUUUGUCAUUCUGUUCGAUGAUAUGUUACUUAUUACUAGACGAAAAAAAGGACUUCAUAAAAAAAAAUCUUCCAUAACAGAAAAUUGGGCAAGUUCAUGUAGUAGAGGAAGUAGUUCCGUUCACGAAGGAGGAUUCAAAUAUGUUGUUUAUAAGCAACCUCUUUCGUUGGAUAGAUUUUUUAUUCACGACGUUGGUCCGCAGGAUUGUUGUGCCACCAAUCUGAAGAAUGCUUUUGUACUUGUUUGUCUGAAUAGAUUUCAACAAAUUGUUACAGUACAUACUUUUCAAGGCGCUAAUGAAACAAUAAAGAGUACUUGGCUUUCUAAAUUAAGAGAUACAAUGGAUAGGUGGAAGCGUACUCUACAAAAUACAGUAUUCAGAAAUCAAAGAAUAGCUAAUACUGCUGUCAAGUAGUUAUUCAGUAAAAUUUGUAUGAAUCUGUGAUGUUGAUGACCAGUAUAAUAGCGUUACUAAAUAAUCUUCGUUGCCUCAAGUGCCAAAAAUAGAGAAUCGAUGUUUUUGUUAACAUGAAAUGAGGGAAAAAAAUCAAGGUCUAGUUUUGCCUUCAGAGACUUUUAUGAUGAAUUUUAAUUUUUGUAUAGUUAUUAAUGACGGAUUCCCGAAAGAGUUGUAAAGACUCGUUGUAUCCAAAAACAAGCAUUUGGACUAAUCAUGAUAACGACCAAUUUUCCAUGAUGUGAUAUUCAUGCUGAAGAAAAUUUUUCAAUAUCAUUUUCUUUGUAUUUUUCUUCAUCCAAGUUGAAAUUAGGAAGAUGUUUGAUGAGCGUGAUUGUAUUUAUUUCUGGUAAUGGUCUUUUUAUUCGCGAAUCGUUGUGAAAGAAAAGAGAAUAGAAUGCGCCUCUUCUGUUUAAUCGCAUUAUACGGGCCUAUAAAGAAAUUAGAUGUUAGUUAAAAUGGCAUUUUAAUUUCUCAAAUCAGAAAUGUUUUAUUUUAAAAAUCCAAAUUGGGCAUUGAAUCCGAUUGGAAUUUUUUAAAGAAUACAAAUUAUUUCACCUGCUCAAAAUGUGGGCCUACCUUUUUAGAAAGAAAAGUCACUUAGAGUAAAUUUUGACAAAUUUUAGAUUUAAAUCUAUAUUUUGAGAAUAAAUACCUCUCUUCGCUUUAAUCAUACCAAGGAGCCUGUGAAAAUUUAAUCAAAUUUUGUUAAGGAAAACAUUAAAGAAAAUGAGGCUCAUAUCAAUCCGGCUCGGCUCCGAUAUUUUUGCUAAUAAAUGUCCCAGUUUUGUUCCUUUUUCUCUAAAAUGUUUUUCUAUGUUACGAAAAUAGAUCGCGUUACAUUGUUCGUCCUGCCUUUCUAAUGGAAAUAAUCAUUUCUGUUGUGUAUUUAUAUAGUUCUGAACUUGAUACUGAAUAAUACAGUAAAAUGCUGUAUACAACGUAAAAUAUAAAUAUACACAAACUUAUAUAUAUAUAUAUAUAUAAAUAUAUGCUGAGAUGCCUUACUAUAAUAAAGAAAAUAUGGAAAAAUAAAAU